GGAAAUGGUGGAAAUGACGGGCUCGUCCUGAACCUUGACAUGGUCGCGACCAGUUUUGAUUCUGUCGCUUACACUGUCCCAGUACUCGUGGGCUCAUCUCAGCAAAACUUAUCAUUGCAAGUCGAUACUGGAUCAUCUGAUCUUUGGAUUGCAUCUACCUCAUGUUCAACGUCACCCUGUUCAGAUACUAAAGGCCGUCUUUACAAUCCAAAAUCCUCAAAUCCGACUGGUCAAUCAUUCAAAAUCAAUUACCUGUUGGGUGCCGUCAGCGGUCCUAUAGUUUGGGAUCAAGUGCAGUUAGGUACCUACAAUAUCUCUAACCAAGCCCUUGCUGCUGCUACGUCAGUAACCAGUGAACCGCUAUCUUACAGUUUUGAUGGCAUACUUGGUCUUGCCCUCCCUCUCAAUUCUCUUAUCGCACAAACUAUCACACCCCAAACGAAUAACGACGCAGACGGCGCUGCUCUCUCGUCUAACAUCUUCUCCAUGACACCAGAUACAACCGCACCCUCCUCUCCAUUUUUCUCGCUCGUCCUUGCCCGCCCCGGAUCCAGCGCUCUCCCCUCCCUCCUCGGCAUCGGUCGCCACCCCUCCUCAAUUGUCCCUGACCCAAGCAAAAUUCUCUAUUCUACCCUCAUUGCUGAUGAUGUCGGCAUCCUUUACUGGAAAACGACCUUACAGGCAAUCACAGUCUAUGUAAAUAGCGAGUCAAAACCCGUCACACUUCCCCUGUCGAUAAGUGGCAAUGGGUUUCCAACGGCUCUUCUUGACUCUGGAGUUCCUACGAUUGUAACGACAUCUAAUAUAGCUAAUGGAAUAUAUGGCGCACUUGGCAUUGGUGUUGCGUCGGAUGGUAAUUAUUAUGUACCAUGUCGCACCCCGCUCAAUUUAACAAUCACACUCGCUGGUCAACCAGAACUUCCAGUUCACCCUCUCGACCUUACCGCAGAGCCGUCAGGGCAAUCCACUGCUCAGUCUUGCAUUGGGCUUAUCCAAGCUGACGACAACGCAUUGUCUGCUUAUACCAACAUCGGCGACAUGAUACUCGGAGUUCCUUUUAUGCGCAACGUUUACACAGUCAUGGCCUACGAGCAACCAAACUCGAAUGGCACAUUCGAUACGUCGAUUCAUACCGGGAUCAACCCAUCUCUUGGUCUGUUAGGCCUCACGAAUGCAACGUCAGCUAUGGGGGAAUUUAAUAAAGUGCGGCUUUUGAAUCAGCCACUGGACCCGGGACAGCCGUCAAGUACUACUAUUCCGGAUGGUGGGAAGAAGCUGUCAGUCGGUGUCAAAGUUCUACUUGGCCUCGUUGGGUUCGUGGGGCUGUGUAUCUUACUCUUCCUCCUUCGGUGGUUCCUCACGCGGCGGAAGUGGCCUCGUCGGGGCACUGAAGGUGGCGCUCCAGGCCCCAAAGAUGACUUCGCGGCUUACCAGCUUGCAAGGCGAAAUUCGCAGUCCAGCGUUGAUGGCCCGUCAGAAAAUACGCUUCGUACCCUCCGAUACGAGACAUAUAUGCGUAAGAAGUUGAUGUCAGAGUAUACAAUGAGCAGUGGACGGACUCGCGUUGGACAAGACCCGGAAGGUUAUGAGGAAGAUAAUGAGUUUGGGAUUAAAAUGUCUCAUCGAGUAAAUUCUGGUCUGCCCGAAGUUUGUGCGGAUGAGCCAUGGGAGGAGCAUAUGCCUCGCCAGCCCGACUUAAGGCCUGACACGCCAACUUCACCAGAUUUCUUCCCUCCGGCUCACCAACGCACUGCGAGCGAGUUAGCUGGCGCUCCGCCAAACAUAUCGGUACCUCUUUUGGCACACAGGAAAGACUACUCUCGCGCAGACGAUUUUAUGGAUGGUAUUGACAUGGCUGAAUUUGGGGGACGGAGAGGGAGCAUGGCGGGUGUUGGGACGGCUGCUAGGGGGAGUAGGAUUGAUCCUGAUUUGAGACAUACGCGUGUGGGGAGCGACGGGAGUACGGGGAGUGGCAUGAGUGUAGGGUCACGGUUUUCGAGGGCUCCUGUCGUGGCUCCUCGAGAAGAGCCAGGGCCUCCGCAUGCGUCUUCUGAAGAGAAUGACGCUGGCCGUGGGGGACCAUGACAUGCUUAUGAGUGCGAGUGGUGAUGGCAUGUUAUCGCAUUGCACUGUGGCAUAUUUAUCCACUGUGCUACUUUUCCUAUUUCUCUUUUCUUUUUCUUCUUAUCACGUCGCUCUUUUGAGGUUGUAGUUGUUCCGAGUUUUGAUUAUGCACAUCACACUAUCAGAUCCUAGCCGUUUGGACUUUCGGACAGUCUGGUCGGUACAUAUUAUACUUGAUGCUUAUCUAGCGGAUCGAUGUAAUUUAUGUAGUGAUAUAUUCUAUUCCCAUCUGUUUCUGUG